GCAAUUUAUUUAGCAAUUUGAUGUAACAUAAAUAAGUACUAAAUUAAAGACGAGAAAUCUAACUAAAAAUAAAAUAGGAAUAUAAUAUUCAUAAAUUUCAAUGAAUUUCCUUUUUGACCAAGACUGCUGUUUUGCUUACUCGUUCAAUGAAAACAAGAUGUAGAGACCGAGUGUAAAAUCAAGAAAAUAGAUGGGACCAAUGAGCAAAAACCAAGAAAAUAUAUUUAAUUAAUUGGCUAUAUAAUAAUACAAUAUAACAUAGGGAAAAGUCUUUGGGUAUGAAUUUCGUAGCUGCUUCCAAAUAAUGUGAAGCCAAUUCCUUAUUUCCAAGUAGGACUUUCUUCCAUAGACUAAUUCCACACAUAUACAAAGAAGGAAGAAGAUGCUGUUGUUGUAGUCAAAUCAUUAAUAAUAAUAUCUCAAAUCAAAAUAUUGUUCACCUACAAACAAACAUCACAUACUUUUCUUCUUCUUUCCCUUCACUUAAUACCAUUUAUCUAUAAAACCUCACACAAACCAAACUUUUGGAUUCAAAUCAUUUUGAUCAAAACAUAUAACUUAAUUCACAACUACAAGAAGAAGAUGGACAAGUUUUUCAAGAUUGUCAUGUUUGCAUUCUUCUUGAUCAUAUCUCUCUUCACUCCAUCUUCUUAUGGCCAGAGGAGCUGCUCGAACUACACAUUCACCAACAACAACAUCUACACUACAUGCAACGAUCUUCCGGUACUAAACUCGUUUCUUCACUGGAACUACCAUCAAACCAAUCGCACGAUCGAUAUCGCAUACCGGCACACAUCGAUCACGCCUUCCAAUUGGGUUGUUUGGUCUCUAAACCCAAACGCAAGAGCGAUGGUCGGUGCACAAUGUUUAGUUGCCUUACACAACUCAAGUGGCCUCGUCCAUGCUUACACCUCUCCAAUCUCCAACUACGAAACUACCCUUCAAGAGGGCCCUUUGAGCUUCAGGGUUCCGAGGAUCGCCGCUGAAUUCUCGGGAGGCCAGAUGACUAUAUACGCCACCAUCGAACUUCCAUCCGGCAGCAGCACCAGCUUUACUCAAGUUUGGCAACACGGUGAUCUCUCCGGCAACACCCCUGUCAUACACCCUAGAGAUGCAGGGCAUUUGGCAUCUUUUGGGACAAUUGAUUUCGCUUCUGGACUCACCGUAGACACCGGAGCAGCCACCGGAGGAUCAAGAAACCGCAAAAGAAAUGUCCAUGGAGUGCUGAAUGUAGUGAGUUGGGGUAUUUUGAUGCCUAUUGGUGCAAUGUUGGCGAGGUAUUUGAAGGUGUUCAAAUCCGCAAAUCCAGCGUGGUUUUACCUGCACGUGGCAUGCCAAGUAUCGGCCUACAUAGUUGGGGUUGCCGGUUGGGGCACUGGCCUCAAACUCGGCAGUGAUUCUCCCGGAAUCGAACAAACCACCCACAGGAACAUCGGCAUCACCAUGUUCACGUUAGCAACACUUCAGGUGUUUGCGUUGCUUUUGAGGCCAAAGCCGGAUCAUAAAUACAGAAUGUAUUGGAACAUGUACCAUUACGCUAUAGGAUACAGCGUGAUCAUAUUGAGCAUAAUCAACAUCUUUGAGGGAUUGGACAUACUGGACCCUGAGAAGAAAUGGAAAAACGCAUACAUUGGUGUUCUCAUAUUCCUCGGAGCCACUGCUCUUGUCUUGGAAGCAUUCACAUGGUUUGUCGUCCUCAAGAGAAAAGGCAAUUCGGCCUCUGAUAAAUAUCCACACUCGGUUGCCAAUGGAACCAACGGAGGGGUUGCCAAUGGAAUCAAUGGAGGAGGGUCUAAUGGUUAUGAUGUUUAGAUAAUUUACUACAAAUAUUUCAUUUUGAUUAUUUAUUAUUUCUCUUGUGUUGUUAGUUAGUACUGCUAUUGUUUUGUAAUAGCAAGAGAGAGUAGAUAGAUUGCUAUAUGUAUGUAUGUAUGUAUGUAUAAAUAUUCACAUGGGUGGGUAUUGUGAUGUAUACUUGAGAUAUAUUCAAUUCCAGUUUGAUUA